CACUGUGCUCCAUCGCAGCCAUGGUUUUCACCAAACUGCUCACUGCGCUGGUACUGCUCUGUUACACCGCAGGUGUGCUGGGAGCUGAGGUGAAGAGCUCCAUCAUUGGCUGGGAGGAUGCUAAAAGGGGCUGCUCGCCGUGGAUGGUUCACCUCAACAUCACAACUGCUGACGGCUCGAAAAGGUGGCGCUGUGGCGGUGCCCUCCUCAACCACCAGUGGGUGGUGACCGCCGCACACUGCUUAGAUAAGGACCCUAAGCCAGACAUGAGGCGAACGGUUGCUUGGAUCGGCUCCUACCAGCUGAAAAAGGGGGCUGAGCGUUUCCGUCACCUGAUCUAUUCCGUCUACCCCCCUGAUCAGCGAUAUGUCAACACAGGCAACGGCUACAAACACGACAUUGUCCUGCUCAAGCUGACUAAAAAGGUGCAAUACUCAGACAACAUUGCUCCGAUUAGUCUGCCUGCGAACGACCGCCCCAUUGAUCCAUUGUCUAUUUGUUGGAUCACCGGCUGGGGCCAGAUCGGGAAUGGUGUUCCCCUCCCAGACCCGGAAACCCUUAAACAGCUGAAGGUGUCCAUCAUAUCGAAGGAUCGCUGUAAGGCAGCAUACCCAAACCUGACCUCUGAGAUACUGUGUGCUGGGGAUGGAGCUGGAGGAUUGCAUGCUGGAGCAUGCGAUGGGGACUAUGGUGGCCCGCUGGUCUGUCAUGGACACACGGGCCCUACCCUGGUCGGAGUCAUGAGUUACGGGGGUCCUAGUGGUUGCAGUGGUCCAGGGCGCCCUGUCGCCUACGCUCAGGUGUCCAAGUAUUUGGAUUUCAUCAACUAUUACAUCAACCUGCCCGAUAAAGCCUCAGAUGAGCCCUCAUGUACAAAGACUUGCGUGGCUUUCUCACGGAAACAUGGCGUGUGCUAAAAUCCAGAAACUGGCAUCCGCCCAAAAAAAUCAGACGUAUCAAAGUGUGCAUUCGCAUGGAUCCAAGCACCUUUCCUAUGUACAUCCCAAUCAACGUGGAAUUGAGCGCACAUGUACACAGUUUAAAAAAAAAACAACAACAAAAAAACAGUACAUUUCUGGCAGCUGGGGCGCCAAAAAAAUACCGUAAAUUAACAGAAAAUUCCUUUCUCAUAAAAAUAACAAGUAACUUGCAUUUGAGAGUAAUAUGUUUCUUUACAAUAUUACCUUCUGUGUAGAGUAAUAAGUUACUUAUUACGUAUUAGUUACUUUCACCAAAAUAAACAUUUAGGACAACGCAUUGCAAAAUGAAGGCAAUAUUUUGUCAUGGCGAAUAGCCCUUUUAAUAUUUUCACUUGUAUUCUUUUAAUCUACUACAAGUAUAUGAGUUGCAAGUUACAUUGCAUAGUUUUAAAGGUUGUCUUCCGUGAAUGAUUUUUCUUCAGACACUGAGACACAAAUCUCUAGUGACUCAUAACUUUAUAUAUUUCUACCUAUAUUUUUUCUUAGUUGGAGCUUUGUUCAUUAUCACACACAGUCUCAUUUUUGAGCACUGUAACACCACCUGUAGUGUCUCAUCUUAAAUUAACUAUCUGUGGAAAUGUUUUUAUACCUUAACAAUGGGACUAACGUUAUAUCAUUAGAGAGGUUACUUGUACUAUUUUUAGCCGUAAACAGUUUCCUCGGCCUCUAACCAGAAAAUAAAGUGCACAUUACUGUGAGGUUUUUAUCCAAUUCUGUGACAAAUUCAAAAUAGUGCGAGUGUAACCACUUAGAAAACAUUCAGGUGUUGCUACGUUGCCGUCUUCUUCUUCUUCUUCUUCUUCUUCUUCUGGUGAUUUUUAACCGUCUUCUUCUCCUCUUUAUUUACGGCUGUGUUGUUUUUUCGAAACUUCCGCCUGUGCGACAGCUCGGAUUGUAACGCGUUACUGGACUCAGUAACUGUAAUAAAAUUUCUAAAAUAUAGUUAGUAACGAGUUAUAUUACUCCGUUACUGCCUAAACGUAAUAUAUUACGGUCACGCGUUAGAUUUGUAGCGCGUUACCCCCACCACUGCCCACUAUACAUGGGAACUAAAUGAACAACAUAUUCUUGUUGGGGGAAACUAUUGCUACUGCCCGGAUACAAAAGUCUUUUUUUUUUCUGUACAUUGCAAUAAAAUAUCCUGUG